AUGGUUUUCAUUAAUGACAAUGAGGUUUCACUGAUGCUUUCAGAAAUGGGAUCUUCUUUGGUGGAUGUUUUUAGAAUGGUUACGGCACUUCUAAGUGGUUUUGCAGGAGUUUACACAGAGGCAGCAAAGAGAAGCCAAACACCUCUUCCUUCUCAGGUGAAUGAUGACCGGAUUAUUCUUGACAAGACUCUUACUGAUCAAGUGUCUAUAUGGAAAAGCAGCAGAGGCCUGACUGAUAAGGUGGUCUUGGACCAUGAUUGCCCUGGAGAAACAUGUACUUACUAUCAAAUUGGAGAUGUAUUUGUUUGUGAGAAGACUGGGCAGGUUCAUGUUUGUGAUGAUACAUGUAGAGAAGCUGUUUUGGACCCUACAAAUGAGCUUUUGGUUUGUACAAUAUCUGGACAUUGUUUUGAUAGAUUGCUGUCACCAGCUGAAAUGGAACCAGACACUGUAAGAGAGAUCUCCUCUAGCUUAUACUUUUGGCUUUUUGUCAUAAAACACACUUAGACCUGUUAAAAAUAUGAAAAUGAAAAAAGAAGAGCUAGACCUUCACUGUGCA